AUGUCUCGGCAUCGCAAAAGAGAGCUCAUCCGCUUGAGGCUUCGGCAAUGGAUCUCCUGGGUGGCUGCUGGGCCCGAGGCUCCGGGGCUUGCGCGGGGGGGCCGCAGGGCUUGGGCAAUGCAUGAGCCAAGGCCUGUCGAGCCUGGGACUCCGCGCGGCUCCUCCAGGAAAGUUCAAAGCACUUCAAGGCGACGUGUCACGUGGAUCGCGUCUCAGGAGCACCUCAAGUGGGAGUCCUUAGUUGCCGUGGCUGAUGCGUCGUGCGGGCCCCGGGUCUGCGACCCUUUCGGACUCUGGGCCCCCCACCGGGCCGCUUCGCUGAGGCUGCGGGAAGAGGCAGAGAUGCAGAGCCCGAGCCCCGCAGAGCAGAGCAGAGCGAGUGCUCGCGUGCGCGCGUGCGCUCGAGCUCGAGGCCAAAGACGUCUUCUGGAGCUGAAGGAGCACUUGGCACAGGCUGCGGCGCAGGUCUGGGCUUUGGCCAGCCCAGGGCAGCUCCUGCAGCAAAUGCACGAGAAAGCGUGGCCGGAAGGCGCCGAGCUCCUGGAGGCGGCCGCCGAGCCGUUGGACCUUCAGAAGUUGGGCGAAGUGCUGGUAGCUCUGCGAGUGCGCAUCGACAGGUUGGUGGCGGAUUGGGCGGAGAUGCAGCUUGCUUUGCGAGACUGGAGGAGCGAAGCGGAGCGACAGGCGAGGCACCUGCCGAUCAACCACGGCAUCCUGCUUAAACAGGCCCAAGUCCUACACCAGAUGCUCUCGUUGCUGCCCCACUUCGACCAAUGCCUGCGGAACUGCAUCGCGAGAGUCAGGCGGCCAGCAGACGAAUACCACAGCGCGCUGCUCUAUCUGCAGGGCUCGCCCAUAGCUGCAUCCCAGCCAUUGAAGAGGGUUUUCACUGGCGAGCCAAAUCUGCUGUCUUCGGAAGUGGAGGAGGCGGAGGUGCUGGCACUGUCUGAAAGGCUUUCGGCUGCCAAAAACAGCGUGGACUCCGUGGACUGGUGCGAUGGUGCACGGGAGCUUUAUGCGGUGCAAGGCGCAGACCCUUGUGAGGCCUUGGCAGGCACCGCGGCCUCAGUCCUGGCGGAGGUACAUGGCUGGCAGGCAUCCCGGGCCUUCCUGGCUCGCGUGAGACGCUUCCAAUUCUCCACGGCCCCGAACAUUUCGAGGUUGGAGGCGCUCGUCGGCCUUCUUGCCAAAGCCGGCCACUGUGCUGUGGAGAGGACCCACGACGAGACGACGGCGCCAGUGAACGACAGCGUCGCCGUCUCUGCCGCCUCCGAGCUGCUCCGAGCGUUGGGCGAGGACGAUCAGCGGAGCCUCCGAGAGGAGCGCCAGCUGCUGACUCGAGGCGCCGCCAAGAGCCUGGAGAUCUUGAGUGCUACCAGGCCCUUUGCUGGGUUUAGAGGCUUCACAGGCCUUUUGCGUCGAGUGCUGAUGGUGGAGUUCCUUUGCCACAUGGCCUUCGAAGAAGCUUCGACCUGGGCUUUUCGCGUGCGGUCGCGGGGAAAUGCGCUGCAGCUUCGUCUCAGUGAAGCCAGCCAGGCUCUCUCUUCAUUGCAUCACGCACUCCAGGACCUCCCCAGCUACCGGCUCCUCGCCUUUCAAGAAAUCCAUGCGACGGGUCACUGGGGCAAGACUUCCUCAGGUGCUGGCUCCUCAGCAGCUGCCACGGAGCCCCUCACUGGGAGGUUUCUGACCUUCCUUUCGCGACUACGGACCACUGGGCAGCAUGUCCGGCCGGCGGCGCUGCUAGACAUAGGCUGUGGCUGGGGCGAGUGGUUGCCGACUGUGCUGCGCGCGGCUAUGCGGACGGGGUGGUUGCAGGGAAAGGUUUGGUACCAGGGCCUGGACAUCGCCCGUCGGCCCAUCCGGCACCUCCAAAGGGACUUUCAGCAGGAAAACGACUUUUCUGGCAUAAGAUUUCGAUUUGCAGCCUUGGAUGCAUGCGCUGAUGUCCUGCCUUCCUUAUCUCGGCCUUACUCCGUGGUGGUCGUGCGCCAUGUCUUCCAGCACUUGUCCAUCAAGGAUGCUCUGGACUUGCUCAUGAACCUGAAGCGGCUGAAGCCUCCGCCGCGUUUCCUCCUCCUCUCCUCCUGGCGGCGGAAAGAAAACCGGGACCUGGAGGCCUUCGGCGGGCCAGGAGCCCAGUCGCGCAGUAGGUCCUCGGCCUUCAGCUUCGUCUCUCCCAGGGCCUCGGAGCGCUUCCGAGGAUACGACCUGCGCAAAGCACCCUUUCGGCUUCGACCCUUGGCUGCGUGGCCGGAGAUCGACGGCGAGAUGCUGGACGUCGAGGCAGCAGCCAUCCUAGAGGUCCAUUACCGCGGUGAAGCGGGUAGGGCCGGGUACGAAGCUACAUUGAAUAACAGCAACGAUCGGCUACUGCAGACCUUUGCAAAGCUUAACGCAGCUGCGAACAAGCCGGACGUCGGUCUUGCAGGGACGUGCGCUGCGGGCGCUCCGCGCGCCGAGAGCCCGACGGCGGAAGCCGAAAUGAUCGCGAGUGUGACGCCGCAGCGUGGGGAAGAAGAGAGUCAGCGAGAAGCAACGUGGGCGAGGGAGCUUCUGGCUCCCAGAUGGUUCCGUGUCAUUGUACAAAUGCUUGCUGGGCAGGGUGGGCUGCUCCUGUGCAUGCUGCCCGUGCUGCUCUCUUGCGGCUUGACGGAAGCUCGACGUGUCCGUGCUGGGCGCACUGAGCGAGGCAUCCUGGACGAGAUCCAGGAGCUGCUUGGAACGGAGCGGUCCCAGGUGAUCAGCUCUCGCGCGCCUUUCAUGGAAGAGGUCCUGAGGCACAGCUUCGAGGCCCUUCCAAAGAGCGGUCGAGGCCGCGUGGGCGCUGCCGUGGCCAAUCAUGCGCUGCACAGGCUGUUUCUGCAAGUUCACAGCUGGCAGAUGAAGGACUUGCAGCCUGUGGCGGGUGCGUGGCACGAGCACAGCCCCACCAUUGCACUCAAGCGUGCACCUGCAAAACUGCACGAUGCCUUUGAUCAAAAACUUCAGCAGCAUGGACUGAGCUUGAAUGAGCUCUCCGUCCUCGCUGCGACGAUUGAACAGCUGGUGCGGGAUGAAGCGGAUGUGCUGCUGAACGUGAGCUACCAGGCAGCCGGCUUCUACACGCGCCAGGGCCUGGAAGCGAGCGCCGCCCGGGAGGUAAUGGAGUACUACAUGUCCAGCUACAUCCUGGGAACGGAGUCUUCGGCACUGGAGCUGACCGCUUCGGAUCUCCAAGCACUCCAUCAGAACAUCGGGACCCGUCAUAUGCGCAGAGUUCCAGAGCCACAGCUUUCAGAAGAAGCUACAAGUUUCAGGAGCUAUCCGCGGUGGAAGGAGGUGCAGGAACUUCUGGAGGAGGCCACUGCCGAGGUCGCAGGGAAAGGCGCCGAACUCCUUCAUUUUCAGACCAUGCACCUCGGACUGUCAGCAGAUGUCAAGAAAAAGUCUUGCGGCAACAAGUUCAGCGGUCACAAACAGCUUCUGGACACCAGCACGGAUCCAGUGCUGUCUUCAUUGACCCGCGCCCAAGCGCCGCCGCGCGGCCAAGCGCAGGAGAAGGAGUGCCAAGCCUUGAAGCGGCAGCUGGUGGCGAUGGAGGAACGACCUGGUCGGGUUCUUCUGCGAGACUUCUACCGACCAGCCCUUGACCAGGGGACCUUGGAGUUCACUGAGAGUGCAGAGUUCUUGCGGCAACAAGGUGCCUCCCCGACUGCGCUGCUCAAUGCGGCCGGGGCCCAAAGGGCAGAUAAGGCCCAUGGUGCCGUGCAAAACCUCGCGACGGGAGGCGAGACCCAAGGCCUCUCCUUGGAAGGCGAACUCUCCGAGAGGCUGUGGGAGGUGGCAGCGCAACACAGCGGCGAGGUCCCACUGCAUGGCCGGCUCUUUGCGCAAUGGCUGCACCACGCCUUUCCUCGAGACUGCCCCUUUCCGCACGUUUCCGGCACUGUGCGACAGAGUCUUACACAGUUUCAGGAGGAGCGACAUGAGCGUGCAGCCUUCGCCGAGUACAAUGAGAUGCAAGAGAUUGUCAACCUGCCUCUCGACGCCAAGUUGCCAAGUCCAAGCUCGCAUUGGCACAAUGUGAUCGGAAGCCGUAACUGUAACUCCUGGAAGUCAAUACAUCACAGGACCAGUGGCAUGCAAUUCGCCAAACAUUGCCGGAAAGCCUUGUGGGACGCGCUGUCUGCUCUUCCUUUCUUGCCACGGCAACACUAA